CUGAGAGUCCCUGGACUCAGAACCUAGGACUGCAUCAGUCCCAGAGGCCUUACCAGGAUGAAGCUGCCAGGCCAGGAGGAGUUUGAUGUCUCCAGUGCUUAUGAAAAUGUGCCCACAGGAGAGCUGGACAGUGGCCCUGGCUCUGGCCCUAGCCCUAGUGGCUCCUCAGACACUGAGAGCCGGGAACUAGGGGUAACCAAGGACCCUCUCCUCUUCAUUCAGCUGAAUGAGCUGAUGGGCUGGCCCAAGGCACAGGAGUGGAGGGAGACAGGCAGCUCUCCUGUGUCCCCACUUCUGGACCUGGGAGAGAUGCCCCCAAUAACACGGUCCACUCCUCUCCACCACAGGUGGGUGCUGUUUGAAGAGAAGCUGGAGGUGGGUGCGGGCCGGUGGAGUGCCCCCCAUGUGCCCACCGUGGCGCUGCCCAGCCUGCAGAAGCUCCGCAGCCUGCUGGCCGAGGGCCUUGUCCUGCUGGACUGUCCAGCUCGGAGCCUCCUGGAGCUUGUGGAACAGGUGACCAGAGUGGAGUCGCUGAGCCCGGAGCUGAGAGAGCAGCUGCAGUCCUUGUUGCUGCAGAGACCCCAGCACCUCAUCCAGAGCACAGACACCAGGCCCUGUUGGGGGUCUGCGCAUCCAAGAGAGCCUUCUCACGAUGGGGAAGCUCCCCUGAAGGAACAGCGUCAGAACUCCCUGAGACAGAAGCUGCCUCCAGGGGCUGAGGUGGGGGCCGUGCUAGCAGGAGAGCUGGGCUUCCUGGCACAGCCACUAGGGGCCUUUGUGCGACUGCGGGAUCCAGUGGUGCUGGGGCCCCUUACUGAGGUGUCACUCCCCAGCAGAUUUUUCUGCCUCAUCCUUGGUCCCCCCACACUGGGAAGGAGCUACCGUGAGAUGGGGCGUGCAGUGGCCAUCCUCCUCAGUGACCCGCAAUUCCAAUGGUCAGCUCGUCGGGCCAGCAACCUUCAUGAUCUUCUGGCAGCCCUGGACGCCUUCCUAGAGGAGGUCACAGUGCUUCCUCCAGGUCGGUGGGACCCAACAGCCCGGAUUUCCCCGCCUAAAUGUCUGCCCUCGCAGCACAAAAGGCUCCCCUUGCAAAUGCAGGAGGCCACGAGCCCCUCUGCCUGGCGUAGGGCCGGGGUUGAGCACAGGCACAAUCACAUGCCGCACGCGCCCAGCCCAGAGUUGCAGCGGACCGGCAGGCUGUUUGGGGGCCUUAUCCAGGACGUGCGCCGGAAGGCCUCAUGGUACCCCAGCGACUUCUCGGAUGCCCUGCACCCCCAGUGCCUCUCGGCAGUGCUCUACAUUUAUCUGGCCACCAUCACUAACGCCAUCACUUUUGGGGGGCUGCUGGGAGAAGCCACCGAUGGUGCUCAGGGGGUGCUGGAAAGUUUCCUGGGCACGGCAGUGGCUGGAGCUGCCUUCUGCCUGAUGGCGGGCCAGCCCCUCACCAUCCUCAGCAGCACUGGACCAGUGCUGGUCUUUGAACGCCUACUCUUCUCCUUCAGCAGAGAUUACAGCCUGGACUACCUUCCCUUCCGCCUGUGGGUGGGCAUCUGGGUGGCCACCUUUUGCCUGGUGCUAGUGGCCACGGAGGCCAGCGUGCUGGUACGCUACUUUACCCGCUUCACUGAGGAAGGCUUCUGUGCCCUCAUCAGCCUCAUCUUCAUCUACGAUGCCGUGAGCAAAAUGCUGAGCUUGACCUAUGCUUAUCCCAUCCAGAGGCCUGGCUCUCCUGCCUAUGGAUGCUUCUGCCAAUACCCAGACCCUGGAGGAAAUGAGUCUCAGUGGACAAGGACAAAGCCAAAAGGCAGAGAUGACAUCUUAAGCAUGGACCUGGGCCUAGUCAAUGCAUCCUUGCUACCGCCACCUGAGUGUGCCCAACGGGGAGGCCACCCUCGUGGCCCGGGCUGUCACACAGUCCCAGACAUCGCCUUCUUCUCCCUCCUCCUCUUCCUUACCUCCUUCCUCUUUGCCGUGGCCCUCAAGCGUGUAAAGGCAAGCCGCUUCUUCCCCUCUGUGGUGCGCAAGGUGCUCAGCGAUUUCUCCUCAGUCCUGGCUAUCCUGCUGGGCUGUGGCCUUGAUGCCUUCCUGGGCCUAGCCACGCCGAAGCUCAUGGUGCCCAAAGAGUUCAAGCCCACACUCCCUGGACGUGGCUGGCUGGUGUCACCUUUUGGAGCCAACCCCUGGUGGCUGAGUGUGGCAGCUGCCCUGCCUGCCCUGCUGCUAUCUAUCCUCAUCUUCAUGGACCAGCAGAUCACAGCAGUCAUCCUCAACCGUGCCGAAUAUAGACUGCGGAAGGGAACUGGCUUCCACCUGGACCUCUUCUGUGUGUCUGUACUGAUGCUGCUCACGUCAGCGCUUGGGCUGCCCUGGUAUGUCUCAGCCACUGUCAUCUCCCUGGCCCACAUGGACAGUCUUCGGAGAGAGAGCAGAGCCUGUUCCCUGGGGGAGCCCCCCAGCUUCCUGGGCAUCAGGGAGCAGAGGCUGACAGGCCUGAUGGUGUUCCUCCUCACAGGGAUCUCCAUCUUCCUGGCACCUGUACUCAAGUUCAUCCCAAUGCCUGUGCUCUAUGGCAUCUUCCUGUACAUGGGGGUGGCAGCAAUUAGCAGCAUCCAGUUCAUGAAGAGGGUGCAGCUAUUACUGAUGCCACCAAAAUACCAGCCAGACCUCCUGCUCUUGAGGCAUGUGCCUCUGAGCAGGGUCCACCUCUUCACAGCCAUCCAGCUUGCCUGCCUGGGUCUGCUUUGGAUUGUCAAGUCUACCCCUGCAGCCAUCAUCUUCCCCAUCAUGUUGCUGGGCCUGGUGGGGGUCCGAAAGGCACUGGAGUGGGUCUUCUCACCACAGGAACUCCUCUGGCUGGAUGAGCUGAUGCCAGAGAAGGAGAGGAGCAUCCCUGAGAAGGGGCUGGCGCCAGAGUACUCAUUCAGUGCAAGUGACAGUGAAGAUUCAGACCUGAUGUAUCAGCCAAAGGCUCCUGAAAUCAACAUCUCUGUGAAUUAGCUGGAGUCGAAGUCUGGGAGUGGAGUCUCCAGGAAAUUGAGCAUGAGGUGAGGGUGUGAGGGACAUGCCCCUGGCGUCGAGGGUGAGUGUGGGUGUGGGAGCUCAGA